GUUCAUGUUUCUCUCUUUGCAACUGCAUUCCUCCAUUUCCUCGUUUGUUUAAUUUUCUGGGAGAUUCAUACGCAGAGAAAUAAGAUUCAGGAAUGGCUAGAGAAGUCAUUUCCACUCCACCUGGUGCUUCAUUUGACUAUGAUCUCUUGGAAGGUGAUUCUGACAUUCCGGGAACUGUUUCCAGGGGCACAAGUCCCUGGAUAGAACCUGAAAGAUUGAAACUCAGACACAGGAUUGGUCGGGGACCUUUUGGGGAUCUAUGGCUAGCAACUCAUCAUCAUUCCACUGAAGAUUAUGAUGAGUACCAUGAAGUUGCUGCUAAGAUGUUAUAUCCAAUCAGAGAGGAUAAUACAAAGAUUAUAUUAGAGAAGUUCAAUGAAUUAUAUUCUAUGUGCCAAGGAGUUGCUAGUGUUUGCUGGCUACAUGGAAUUUCAAUCAUAAAUGGAAGGAUAUGCAUCAUUAUGAAUUUGUAUGAGGGUUCAGUUGGUGACAAGAUGGCUAGACUUAGAGAAGGACGGGUUUCGUUGAAAGAUGUUUUAAGGUAUGGUAUCAAUCUGGCUCAAGGUGUUUUGGAACUUCACUCUAAAGGGAUCCUUAUUCUCAACCUUAAACCAUUUAAUGUUCUUCUUGAUGACAAUGAUCAAGCGAUUUUGGGAGAUGUUGGCAUUCCCAACCUCUUGCUUGGCUCCUCGUGUCUAAGCUCAGAUAUGGCUCAGAGGCUUGGAACUGCAAAUUACAUGGCUCCAGAGCAAUGGGAACCAGAGAUCAGAGGCCCUAUAUCCUUUGAAACAGACUCGUGGGGAUUCGGCUGCACCAUUGUUGAAAUGUUGACUGGUAAUCAACCUUGGUAUGGAUGUCCUGUUAGUGUAGUUUACAACUCAGUUGUCGAAAAGCAUGAAAAACCCCUUGUUCCAAGUGGCCUUCCUUCUUCAAUUGAGAAUCUCCUCAAUGGAUGCUUUGAGUAUGAUUUGAGGAAUCGCCCACUGAUGAAAGAUAUUCAGCGUGUCUUCAAAAGCGCACUUGAUGAACUGGCAAAUGAUGGAGGAUGGAGAUAUCUUGGAAAUGUGAAAGCUACUGCAAAAUCAAGCAGCACUGGCUACACAGAGUGGUUUCUCUCAAAGGAUCCUCUUCAAGUGCAUGAUACAGUGCGAUCCAGGAAGUCUUCCAAUUCAUGCACAUCUCAAAAUAUGGAUGUCCCGGGUGGAACUGUUGUUGGCCUAGAACGUAAUCCAGAUAAUGGAUUUGUUCUUGUGAGGGUCCAUGGAAUUCAUGACCCAAUAAGAGUUCAAGCGUCAACUCUUGAACGUGUCACAUUUGGCCUUGCGGCUGGCGAUUGGGUUCGAUUGAAGGAUGAAAACGAGAAACACUCGCCAGUUGGCAUCUUACAUCACAUUGACCGUGAAGGUAGAAUGACUGUGGGAUUUAUCGGUUUGCAGACCCUUUGGAAGGGAAAUUCUUCGCAGCUCGAAAUGGCUAAAUCAUACUGUGUUGGCCAGUUUGUUAGGCUGAAAGAGAAUGUCUUGAGUCCUCGAUUUGAAUGGCGUAAACGGAGAGGGACCUGGGCUACCGGCAAAAUUUCAUGGAUCCUACCAAACGGGUGUUUGGUCGUCAAGUUCCCAGGGCUGCUGCCUUUUGGUAACGAAUCAAGAACCUUCUUGGCUGAUCCUUCUGAGGUUGAAAUGGUUGAUUUCAAGACUUGUCCCGGAAUGAUAGAGAAGUAUCAACAUGUAGAGGAUCAUCAUUGGGCAAUUAGGCCUGUUCUAAUUGCGUUCGGCAUAUUCACAGCUUUGAAAUUUGGCAUGUUUGCUGGAAAGAAGGUUGGGAGGAGCAUGAAGAAAGUUAAUGCAAUAGAAAGUGAAGUUGAUGGUCAAAAUGCUAACAAUUCUACAAGGAGAUCUUCCACUGCUAUUAUGAAUCCUGGCAACCCAACUUGGGUUCCUUCGGUUGCCAACAUUCUCUUUAAAGAAGGCGGCAGUUCCACUCCCACAGUUCGGUAGUUUACCAUGCAAUCUCAAUACGGUUGGAUUACUAACGACUAUAUUUCAGAAUGAAUCAAUGAAUUCCAUCAGCUUUUAUUCCAUCCUAUGAAAAAAAAAAUGAAGAUUGUAAUUAUGCAAAAAUAGCAAUUAGGUUAAAUAUGAAAGUAGAAAAUGUACAUAUCCUUCACUUGGAUUACCUAGACAUUGUACAUAUGUUUCCAUGCAGAUGCUUUUGGAUGAUGCAUGCUAUCAAAAAGAAAACUGAAUAUGUGCUUGUUUAAGGUUAGAAAAGUUUGUAAGGGUGGCAGUGGCACAUUUCUUAUGAUUGUUGCUUGAUAUCAAUUUCUAUUGAUUUAUGAUAAUUCAAAGUGUUGGAAAAUA